AUGUCCACUUUAUGGCUUACGGUGCCAUCGUGUUCUAGGAGGAUAAUAGAAUCCUCGGAGAACGAGCAAACUAGAUUCAAGCAAAUUGUUGGAACGAGCAAGAACUUCUCGGAAACUGAGAAGAAUGCUGUCAACAUUAACUCGGUCACAGAGUUCUAUGCUUUCUGGGAAAAGACUGUCGAGGCCAGGGAAAAUUUCGAAGACGGCCACGAAAAAGGAUGCGGUCUGUGGUCGAAGAAUUACCAAAGUGCAGCGUCCGUGGCCCGCAGCUUCAUGAAAGAUUUCUCGCCGAUCGUUGAAGUAGUGAAGAAUUUUGCUGCGCCAUAUGGUGGGAUGGCUAUAGGGACCAUCUCCGUUCUCUUUACAGUUGCUGCAAGCAAGAAUGAGAUGGAAAUGUCGCUCGCAUCAGCUAUCAGUGAGAUCAACAAUCGCCUGCCCGGGUUGAAUCUGUACAGACAUAUCUACAACGACAACCAUGAGCUAGACAUCAAGCUUCAGGGUCGAAUAGUGGCUGCCUACGAGAUAUUUAUCCAAUUCUGUAUCGAAGCAACGCGAUAUUAUAAACGAAGCGGAUUUCGUAGGUGGUUUAGGGCUCUAGGCUCGCCUAGUUAUCUUUACGAGAAGGUUACAGAGACACAGAAGGUCAUCCUAGAGAUACGACGAAUAUGUGAUGAGCUACUCGACAAGAACAUACAUCUGAUCAAACAAUUAAAUCUGGACCAAAAAGCAACCAUUCUGAGACUGGAGGAUGAGGUAAACCAGCUCCGAAAGGCACAAGACAACCAUAUACUCCAUGAAAUCCAGCAACAUAUGGACCUCUCGAGCUUCUCGAGCGAGAACCAUCGCAAACAGCUCGAACAAUAUCGCAGAGCUUUGUACGACGACGAUCAUCUCAACGCCCCCUUUUUCGAGCAAAUGCAGGGCCGACGCCUCGAAGCAUUCCACGCCUGCAGCGAGUAUCAGUCCUGGAGCAAUUCCAAACAUUCAUGCCUCUUGAUCCUGUCCGGACACAAUGACAGCAGUAUCCGUUACUUAGACCAUUGUUGGUUGUCUCCAGUGGCCAUGACCAUGAUUACAGAUCUGAGCAACGGUGACAAUAAGGACCGCAUAUACGGGUACUACGUCUUUUCUUCUAGAGGAGAAUCACUCUACCAUGCCUUCUCCGUCGUCCUCUUGCAACUGCUCAGCAAGAAGAGCGUGGUGCUCCGAGACAAAUCCCGAUGCGAUGAACUUCGCGCCGAACUGAGCAAUCUACACCAAUUCCAGCAGGUCUCACAGGACAGAAAGGUCGCACGUAACCAUAACCACCAUCAUGAGACCAAGGAACUCUCCGCCUUCGAACGUGUCGCCCUCCGAGCACUCGACCUCUUCGAUGAGUCGGAGCAGGUGCAGAUCAUCCUAGACAGAGCGGACCGCUGCUGCGAUCUGGUGAAAGGGGUUGACCACCGGAAGCCGUUGUUCAAACUGCUCGUGAAACUGGUCGACCUCGCACGGUGUAACCUCAAGGUCCUGGCGGUCGUUAACGGCGACCAGUGGGACAUUGAGCCUAGGAGUGAUGAGCUGGGACAGAGGAUGGAAGAGAGGGUCAUCGUGCACACGGUCAUGCAAAGGAUGCGUGAUUAG